AUGAGCGGUGAGAUCGAGUAUCUGGAGAAGUAUUCGGUCGCACCUUCGCCCAGCAGAGACUAUUACGGACUCAGAGUAAUCCGCGACAAGGUGAUAUUGUACAUAUGGAAGAUCUCGCACGGUCCUCAUAAGAGCCCGCUCGUGCGAACCUCCAGUUUCGUCGAUUUCGAAUACGACAAACAGCUGCAAGAAGAAAUCCAACGAGUUUUCGGUAAAUAUUUGUCGAGGCACGUGAGGAACAUCGCUUCCAGAAAGAGCGCGACUCUUCUCGCAUUGCCUAAGACCGUGAUCGCAAAAUUAGUCGACCAUCUAACGGUGCACGAUAUCGCGAACCUGACGACGCUGUCGCACGUCGCUAAAGAGAUCUUCGAUGAGAAUUUUGUCUGGGAAAUAUUGUGUAAAAGAUACACGUUGUUAACGAAGAAGAACGACAGAUCGUCCACCGAUUGGAAACAACUGUUUCGACUGGCGCAAUCGCAAGGACUAAUGAAGGAACGCAAGGAAACUCGAUCUCAUCCGCCAUCCGGACAGACGUUAACCACAAAAUCUAGCACGAAGCUCGAAAACGCGUCGAAGGUCUCGAACGUCCCAUCGAAAGGAUUAGCGAAAUCGGUUUCAUCCACGAACCAAACGGCGAAAAAAUCAUCCGAGGAUGUUCGUAAAAGAACCGUUCGAAACACCGUUACAAAAAAACCAUCGGAUCAUCGUUUAGGGACAUCGACGAUCGAAAACCAUCCCAAGCCUGAAAAGAAAGUCCCGCUGAUCGAGUCGCAGCAAAUGGACGUUCGUAAAAUUGUAAAAACGACCGAGAGUCGGACAAAACUGUUACCGAAAUCUGGAAUUAAUCGCGAAGCUAACAAAUCGAUGGUCACCGAUAAAGCCGUCGAAUCGAAAUCUGAUAAAAGCCGGAACAGGGUGCGCGGACCGGAGACGAAAGUUGGUAACACCAACGUCGGAACGAUGGAGGAACGACCUGGCUCCGAUAAACCGAAACGCUCGAUUCGCGCGAGCUCCGCGGCAAUCGAAAAAUCGGACUCGACGCGAUCAGCGUCGACCAGACCGAAGAGAAACGUAAAAACGAAAAGGAUCGGACAGGGUAAAUCGACGAAUUUGAACGCGAACGAGUCUCUCGUUAGCGAUCGAUGCACCGCCGUCGACGACGGCUUCGAUUUCGCCGAUUCGAUCGAGGCCAGCUUGAAAAAUAUUCGCGAUUCGACCAGCGUGUUCGAUUACAACCCUGGCGGUAUAGAAAGACCGAAAUCGUACAGCGGCGAUCGGAAAGGGAAAGAAGAGUUUCGGAAGAUCGUGGAACACCGAAUAUUGAAAAACGACCGCAUCGGGAAGACUCUGGAUCGGUUGUCCGAAAAAUCGGAACCCUUAACCGCUGAAUCGGUCGGGUCCAACGUCUCCGCCUGCUCCGGUCGUUCGAGCAACUCGAAAAUGGCGAAAGGAAAGGUUAAAGACGUCGCGCGAACGAAUAAGAAUCGACCGAAGACGGAGCGUGAUAAAGACAGAUCGGAAUAUUUCGAGCGGUACGGGAUUUACAAGGAUCCCGUGCCAAGCGUCGACAUCGACGAUCGACGAACGCUGGAUCGCAAGAAACUGUUCGACAAAACGAGCGUGUUGCGUUCUUUGGGAUCGACCAGCAGUUGCGGUAGAUUGGCUGGAAACGAUAGUCUUCCUACCGCGUAUACGUACGAAUAUCGAAAGCGCAUAAGCAAUCUUAACAAACGCUGA